AUGUCUGCGCCGAACAAAGAAUGGCUAGUCCAGAUACCCGACAAGCCAAAUGCCCUCCAGAACCGCCUUCAUGCGCGUCCAGCCCAUCUCAAGAAUCUCACUCCCAGGAUCGAAGCUGGUCAAGUGGUCUUUGGUGGUGCUAUGCUAUCCAAGCAGCCAGUGGAAGGAGAAAGCCCGGAUAUGGUAGGCAGUGUUAUGCUCGUCAAGGCUGAGAGCGAAGAGGAAGUCAAGGAGCUGCUGAAGAACGAUGAAUACACGAAGCAAGGUGCCUGGGACGUCGAGAACGCAAAGAUUAUCCCCUUCAGAUGUGCUGUGAGGACUGCGAUGUAG